CGGCCUGGGCGCGCGCAGGCGCGACAAGGGUACAGCGCCGGGUCUGGUCUUGAGGUGUCGGAGCGGCCGCGGCUGGGGAGGGGUGGCUGGAACCGUUUGAAUAUUCACAUUUCCAUUUCUGUGCGUGGUUGAGUUUUGAUCCAUCAUGGAUAAUCUGUCAUCGGAAGAAAUUCAGCAGAGGGCUCACCAGGUUACUGAUGAGUCUCUGGAAAGUACAAGGAGAAUUCUGGGUUUGGCCAUUGAGUCUCAGGAUGCAGGAAUCAAGACCAUCACUAUGCUGGAUGAGCAAGGGGAACAACUAAACCGCAUAGAAGAAGGCAUGGACCAAAUAAAUAAAGACAUGAGAGAGGCAGAGAAGACUUUAACAGAACUCAACAAGUGCUGUGGCCUUUGUGUAUGCCCAUGUAAUAGAACAAAGAACUUUGAGUCUGGUAAGGCCUAUAAAGCAACAUGGGGAGAUGGUGGAGACAACUCACCUAGCAAUGUGGUAUCUAAACAGCCAGGCCGGGUAACAAAUGGUCAGCUUCAGCAACCAACUACAGGAGCAGCCAGCAGUGGAUACAUUAAACGUAUAACUAAUGAUGCCAGAGAAGAUGAAAUGGAAGAAAACCUGACUCAAGUGGGCAGUAUCCUGGGAAAUCUAAAAAACAUGGCCCUAGACAUGGGCAAUGAGAUUGAAUCUCAAAAUCGACAAAUAGAACGGAUCACAGAAAAGGCUGAUACCAACAAAGAUCGAAUUGACAUUGCCAAUGCCAGAGCAAAGAAACUCAUUGAAAACUAAAGCUACUACUGUACUUUUUAUCAUUUAUUCGCUUCCCUAGCUCCUCCUCCAAAGUCAUAACCUUUCCAGAGUUUGAAAUUUUGGUUCCACACUCCUCUACUUAGAAAAAAUGUGGAAGAAGGGCCAGAGGAGUAACAACCCCCCACUUCUUUAUUUUUCUGUUUCUCUUGAGGGUAGACUGCUGCUCAGUCUUUCUUCUAGUAUUUUCUUUUUCAGUUCAUACGCUUAGAUUGAUUUUCAUACAUCACAUAUAGCAUCUUCACCCUCUUCAUUUUCUUCUGCAGAUUAUUUUGCUUUCAAGAUUUGGAAGCAUUGCCAAAGACAGCCAUGAAGAAUGAAGCUAUAGAGAUUUUGUUUGCUUGUUUGUUUUUGUUUUUGUAGUGGGGGAAGAGAUAAAGAGGUUAUUACCUCAGUUAAAACCUGCAGGCCACAAACCAAAAAGUUGCAUAAUCACAGUAAAGAUCUAGUUGGGCAUAGUUUUUAACUUAAGUUGCAGUUAUUGCCAAUUUGGACUAAUACUUGGUUUUGGAGCUUUUGUACACAUUAUUUUUGUUACAGAUCACCAUUUUGCAACCUCUCCUCCAAAGAAAAGAAUAAGUUUUCUUAACAUAAGCUUAAUUUCUGAACUCUUAAUGAUUAUAUAUGUACAUAGAUUCUGUGAUCCCUUUUCUUCUUCCACCAUUUAGGAACACUUUGUAUAAAUGAAUGGCUUUUUAUUUUCAUAUAAUUAGUAGUAUCAUGGUUCCAUUAUAGGCCUAUUAAUGUCAUAAAUUUGUCAUUGUGUUUAAAGAAAAAAUAUGUAAAUAUAUACAUAUAUAUGUAAUAUGAGGAUUUCUCUCUGAAACAGGGCUGAAAAUUUUUUGGAAAAGUUUAACAAAGUAUAUCACAUGAAUUCAGAUUUACCUCAAUACCAUGAAUUAUGUUUAGAUAGGAAAAAGGAAACUUAUUUUGAUCUCAGGUAGAAAAAGAUUUAGAUUGCUUUGCGUUUAGACUUUAAGAAAGCUAGAAUUUUUUCUGUCUUACUAAAAGUGAUUUGGAAAAUUACACCUUUGGUUUAAUUAUUGGUGAUUACACUGUCAUUCUCUUCUUUUGUGUAUGUAACUAUGUCCAGAAUCAAGUUUAUGUAGAUAUUGAACAGUGUUAUAAGAAUCUGAUUAGUAUUUGUCACCUUUAUUUAAAAAUUAGCAUCUUCGAAACUGUCAGUGUGGAUUGGUUUGCCUAGUAACCACUGCUCAAUCCUUACAAUUAAAUGUUGUAACUAACUAA